AAGCACUGAGAUUGGGUGGGCGGGACGACAUCAUCGGAUGAUGUGCAUGCCACAGUGAAAGAGGUAAAACUGAAGGGUCGAACGUCCCCUUUGCCAAAGGAGAAGUUCACCGGCAUUCCGGAUCUGUCGCUCGGGUUCCAGAUCAAUGCUGCACGCCAUCUCACAUGCACUCUUAGAAAGGAUAUUGAUGUCCAGGCUGGCACGCUGAAAGCUACUGGAAGCGCCAGACUACCGGACAUCGAACUGGAUAUAUCUGAGCUUAGUCCUGAAGAUGCUGCCUAUAUCGCCAGCAUCCUCAAAGAAUCAAUGGGAAACGAGGCGGAUGCAUAUCCCGCCCAUUCGCUGCUUGGCAGCCUUCAGCGUGGAUCAGGCGCUUCGAGUCGUGACUUGGCCAAUCCUGACGACGCGAUGCAACGAACACUUCCUUCUCCGGUAAACCUUGAUGAACAAGAAGGCGGCGGGGCAAGCACACCACAGGAUUCAUUACAACCCGAGCUCCAUGUCAGCUCCUACGGCACUCCAAGAGCCAAUCAGAUUCCAAGUCCCCUCUCCUCCCCCUUAUUCAACAAGACUAGGUCUCGGCCCGUUCCACUCUUAUCUCAUAGUCCUGGGCAUUUCAAGGACACAUCGACAACAAAUGCUCAAUUUGCUGACGCCAUCGAGAGUCGGAAUGAAUCAAGCGAGGGAGGAGAGCGACUCUGUGAGGAACCCCAAGCCAUUCCCGAUGGGAUACCUGCGAUUUCCGAUCACCAAGUCGAUUCUAGGGAGUCGGCACGUCAAGAGCGAGAUACGGUAGGAGCCUCUCCAGCUCCGAUUAUCUUUGGUGCUGUCGCAGCAUUGUACGACAGCACUUCUACUCUGGAGCUCGCAGCCCCAUCUUUGCCAACACCAACAUCUCUUUCCAGGCCUGAAGAACCGCAAGUCUCCCUGUCGUUUCCGAGCAGACAUAGCAGCAUCUCGCCCACUUCAAUACAGCUGCCGGAGCCGAAGACUGAUGAGAAAGUGGGUGCGGCUCAGGCCGUGGACUCGCCGGGUCCUGUUGAACCCGAUUCGACGGAUACUUUGCCGCGUCCCACCACGUCCACCUCUUCUGCAGCGUUGCUAGAAGCAGUGAUACCAAUGUCACAGUCGGUCCUUAAGAAGGAUGAUGCCGAUGGCCGUACAUGGGACAGUGAGCCACUGUCAGCAGAAGAAGUCUCCGUGGAGUCAGGGACAUCUUCUCCAGAAGCAGCAACACCAAUGCCUUCGAUGCCUCUCCCGUCAUUCCCAAACCCACAGCAACCUCGCACGGUCUUCUCCAGCCGACCUCCCGGUCAUGAUAUCUU